AUGUCCGAAGACGACACCGAUGUCCUUGGCCCCGACGGUCAACCCCCGGUCCGAGUCGACCGCGACCGAAGAGCUCCGCGCUUUAGCUGGACUCCCGCAUACGAAGCCACCUUCUUCCGCAGCCUCUGCGAGAGCGUCCAGCUUGGCCUGCGCGAGAACUCAUCCUUCAAGGCCGAAGCCUGGGAGCGCGCCGCCAUCGCCCUACAGGAAAGCCACGGCGCCUACCCUGCCAAGAGCCACCUGAUCAACAAGAGCGACAAUGCGAGGAAGCGCUUCCGAUUAUGGCGUGGUCUGCGCGAGGACCCCGAGUUUGUCUACAACCCCGAGUCGAGGACAGUAACGGCUACUGAGGAGGCAUGGGCUGCGCAUAUCGAGAGGGAACCCCUUUCUAGGGCUUUGCGUGGCCGACCUUUCGAUCACGAAGAUUUCAUGGAGGUUCUUUACCCGGACGUUAUAGGAUCUGGCGGCGCACCCAAACGUAUAAUGAAGCCCAGGCGGCGAACGGACGGUCCCAUCAGCGAUGACCCUGAUAUGCCAGGAACGGGCAUACUCAAUCUCCAAACCGACCCUCCUCCUCCGCGACCUCCUGGCCUCGAGAGCCCCAACGCGCGACCAAUCUUGACCCAAACGCCUACCACUUCAUCCGGCUCAGCUCCACAGCAACGACCAACCUCGACGACUAUUCCUCCUCGAGGACCCCCGACUGUAGCUAACGCCAGCGCUCUUACCCCACCUGAUGAGACCAUCACGCAGAGUCGCAAGCGACAGCUGCCCAGCACGAGUACUCCGGUCAUGUUCGAGCCAUCCCCGCCCACCACUACCAUACCCAUGGGACAGUCCGCGGCACCCGAAUCGCCCGGUAAGCGCCGUCGCACUUCGUCAAACGAUGGUUCCCGGGCCCUUACCGCUUCCGUCCUCAACUCGUCCAUGCUGCCCAUGGCCGUGCGUGAUGGCCCGAGUGCCGUGUCCCCAUCGCAGGCUGAUAGUCAAGGCUUGUCCAAUGGCAACGGACCCGUGAUGGAGGAGCUUGUCGAAGCAGUACGAUCUAGAAAUGUUCUACGCUGGCAGGAGGAGGCGCUGGACAUCUUCUUCCGCGACUUUGCCGACGAAGAUUUGGACCUGCAGGUCAAGAUGUCCGAGGGCGUACUCAUCAACGAAUGCAAGGCCAUGGUGUUUUGCAAGAUGCCUUCCCGUGUUCGACAGCACUGGGUUAAACGCUUCAAAGAAAAUCCCCGAAUGUAG